UAUAGUUUAAAAACAAAAAAAAAACUAUGAACAAAUGCGGACACAGUACAGGAGAUGACCAGAGACUGCGGACACAGUACAGGAGAUGACCAGAGACUGCGGACACAGUACAUGAGAUGACCAGAGACUGCGGACACAGUACAGGGGAUGACCAGAGACUGCGGACAGUACAGGAGAUGACCAGAGACUGCGGACAUAGUACAGGGGAUGACCAGAGACUGCGGACACAGUACAGGAGAUAUUCAGAGACUGCGGACAUAGUACAGGGGAUGACCAGAGACUGCGGACAUAGUACAGGAGAUGACCAGAGACUGUGGACAUAGUACAGGAGAUGACCAGAGACUGUGGACACAGUACAGGAGACGACCAGAG